GCAGUCACUGAUUGGCUGGAGCGAAGUAGUGAGGCGGGGAAGUAGGUGCAGCGGCCUGUGCGCAUGCCCGGUGCGUGCGCGGCGACGGCUGUGGGCAGUGGCAGUCAUGGCGGCUCAGUGCGUGAGGCUGGCGCGGCGCAGUCUCCCGGCUUUGACAUUGUCUCUCAGAUCCUCUCCUCGGUUGUUGUGUACGGCUACAAAACAAAAGAACAAUGGCCAGAACUUGGAAGAGGACAUGGGUCAAAAUGAACAGAAGACAGAUCCUCCCUCUACAGAGAAGAUUCUCCUGGAAGAGAAAGUCAAAUUAGAAGAGCAGCUGAAAGAGACUGUGGAAAAAUAUAAACGAGCUUUGGCAGAUACUGAGAACUUGCGGCAGAGGAGCCAGAAGUUGGUGGAGGAGGCAAAGUUAUAUGGCAUUCAGGCUUUCUGCAAGGACUUGUUGGAGGUUGCAGACAUUUUGGAGAAGGCAACACAGUGUGUUCCAAAGGAAGAAAUUAAAGACGAUAACCCUCACCUGAAGAACCUGUAUGAGGGGCUCGUAAUGACUGAAGUCCAGAUUCAGAAGGUGUUCACAAAGCAUGGUUUACUCAAGUUGAACCCUGUCGGAGCCAAGUUCAACCCUUACGAACACGAGGCCUUGUUCCACACACCAGUUGAGGGGAAGGAGCCGGGCACAGUGGCACUAGUUAACAAGGUCGGGUACAAGCUGCACGGGCGAACCCUGAGACCCGCCCUGGUGGGGGUGGUGAAGGAAGCUUAGCUGCCUCUUGUAGGGUUUUGGUUUUUUUAAGUCACUUGCGGUAACUCUUAAAAAGCUGGUUCUUCUUUUCUCAUCUAUGAAUACAUUUGCCCUUGUCCCAAACCUUGUUGGAAAGCUUAAGUAACCAGGGGCUAAACAGAAAAUUAAGCCGGUUGCACAAUUGUGGUAAUGAACUGUAAUCCCAGAGUCUGUUCGCUGAUCAUUAGUAGUUGACGUUUAGUAGUCCCACGUACAGAAGAGCACCAGCGCGACACUGCGGGGCCUGCUCACACUCUGGCGAAGGCUCAGUAUUUUGAAAUAAAAGGUCUUCAGGAA